UGGCCGCGGCGGGCAGGGGGCGCCCCCCCCGGGCGGGGCGCGGAGCCCAGCGGGAGGCAGAUGCGCUGCUGGCCUUGUAGAGACUUUGCUGCUUCACCUCAGGCUGAUGUGACCCUGCUGGAAAGAUCAUGACCGAAGCCCUCAUCUCUGCUGCUUUGAAUGGAACUGAACCCAACCUGUUGUCCGGCAGCGGCUGGUCGGCGGGAAAUGCCACCACCAAGUGCUCCCUGACCAAAACCGGCUUCCAGUUCUACUACCUGCCCACCGUCUACAUUCUAGUCUUUAUCACUGGAUUUCUGGGAAACAGCGUGGCGAUCUGGAUGUUUGUCUUCCACAUGAGGCCUUGGAGCGGCAUCUCGGUUUACAUGUUCAACCUGGCGUUGGCCGACUUCUUGUAUGUCUUGACGCUGCCCGCCCUCAUCUUUUACUACUUCAAUAAAACCGACUGGAUCUUCGGGGAUAUCAUGUGCAAACUGCAGAGGUUCAUUUUCCACGUGAACCUUUACGGCAGUAUUUUGUUUCUAACGUGCAUCAGCGUUCACAGGUACACGGGCGUCGUGCACCCCCUGAAGUCGCUGGGGAGGCUGAAGAAGAAGAACGCCGUUUACAUCAGCACCCUGGUCUGGGUCAUCGUGGUGGCUGUGAUUUCGCCGAUACUCUUCUACUCGGGAACGGGGAUAAGGAGAAAUAAAACCAUUACGUGCUACGACACCACGACUGAUGAUUACCUGAGAAGUUACUUCAUUUACAGCAUGUGCACCACGGUGUUUAUGUUCUGCAUCCCCUUCAUAGUGAUUCUUGGCUGUUACGGACUAAUUGUGAAAGCUUUGAUUUACAAAGAUUUGGACAACUCUCCUCUUAGGAGGAAGUCGAUUUACCUGGUUAUUAUUGUGUUGACAGUCUUUGCUGUGUCAUAUCUUCCCUUCCACGUGAUGAAGACCUUAAAUCUAAGAGCCAGAGUGGAUUUUCAGACUCCACAAAUGUGUGCCUUCAACGAUAAGGUUUAUGCCACUUACCAAGUGACGAGGGGUCUGGCCAGCCUCAACAGCUGUGUAGACCCCAUUCUUUAUUUCCUGGCAGGUGACACCUUUCGAAGGCGGCUUUCCAGGGCAACCAGGAAAUCAUCCCGAAGAAGUGAACACAACGUGCAGUCCAAAAGUGAGGAAAUGACUCUCAAUAUUUUAUCAGAGUAUAAGCAGAAUGGAGAUACGAGUUUGUGAAUUAACGCGAAAGAUUUGGGAACGGUUUGCGAAAAUCCUCCACUUUGACAGAGUAGGACACGAUAGUGCUACAAGUGUGCGAGGAAAAUUUAUCACUCUCUCAAACUCAUUUUAGAUAAAGCCUCUUUUUCUGAUCUUAGAAAAACUUAACAAAGUGGAAGAACUUUAAUCUUAAUGGAGAAUAACAUGUCAAAAUUCAGCUUUCCUUCUCCUUACAAUGUUCUCGUUUCUUUCUGACUUGUGUCAGAUAAAGUAAAAUGAAGUAAAUCCCCUAAAGGAAGAAAGCAAUCAAAGUGCUUCUGUUUCAAUGACUUAGGCUCCCACACUCAAAGCGAUCUUCAUUAGCCUCCCUUUAAAAAUAGAAAAUAAAAGUAAGAAAGAGCAGCAUCUUCUCUUCUGAUGCUCAGUCCACAUACUGAGCCUCGGUGCUGUCCUUUCGCUCGCUUGCCAUUGUAAACAAGUGUGUAAAUCAAGGUCCUGGUGCCGCUGUCACACCUUUACGGUUUCAUUAUUUCUUCAUCUUCUUCUAGUGUUGAUAAUUAUUUGGUAGUUUGGUAACGUUUAUGAUUCAGUCUUCGAAUGCCAGCGUGUUACAAAAGAUAGGCUUACCGACGUGUGUGCAUGAUUAUGCUUUCAGUUCACGGCGGCUGCCCGUGGCAGACGCGGCACCCGCAGCAGACCGCCGCGCGGGCGGAUGGGUGGCUCUGGGAGCCGCUGCAGGCACCUGCCUCGCGCCCGCGGGCAGCGGUGCGCUUCGUGAGCUGCUGCUGGUGCACGGUGUGCGCAGAGGGGCCCGCGGCCUGAUCCUGCCCGGCGGGGGUGCUGCAGCCCCUGCCCUUGGCUGCUCGUGGUGGCGGUCGUCCUGCAGGUCCUUGCGGGUGGAGCGCCAGAAACGUGUCUGCAGACACUGGCCGUGCCUUGUAGAGGAGUGGAACUACGUUAUCUGAGUUACCUGCGUUUUCUUUUGGUGCAAGAAUAUUUCUGUUCCUGGCAAUCUUUACAGAGAACAUGAAAGUUGUUUCCCAAGAAUAUAACUAUAAAAACCGAUAUAUACACGGUUUAUAAUAUAUAUAUGUAUAAAUAAUUGGGAGGGAAUUAAUUUUUUGGUAUUGUGACAAAUUACUGUAUUAACAAGAUGUUGCAAUAUACUACAGACUAAAUCCACCCGUUUAUUGUAUAUCUUCUCCAAAUGUGGAAUAGGUCAUCUAAAAUUAGUCAAGCUGAAACGUUGUGUAAUACAAGAGCUAGUGAUCAGAGCACAGAUGAAACCUUACAUGGGCAGUCAUUCAUUUCUCGUAUUUUUAAGAAAUGUGUUUGAAAAUAUUGUGUGUUAAAAGCAGUAUGAAGGCAUGCUUUAAAUGGUAAAUUUAGUGUACAAAAUUAAGUUCUGUGUAAUCCUAGGGGUGAUUUAAGCAGAUCCUCAUUCAUCCAGUCUUCAUAGUAAGAGUAAAAUAUUUAUAUUUUGCUUACUAAUUUUCAGUGGUUGGUAACAAACAGGAGUAGCCCUCGUUACUUUUUGACAUCGUUGUAAAGCAGCUUCUGUUCAGACAUACAGCUUCUUAAUCUGCAAAAUCCCUAUUUAUUGAACUUAUUUAUUAGAAAACUAAAUGUAAAGUAUGUAAAGUGUGGUUCUCCGUGUUCAUAUUCAGAAUUGGGCAUUAAUGGAAAAUUUAACAGCAUGUUUAAAUCACUGUAUUACUGUGUCUUCUAACAGAACAUCUUUAUAAUAAACUCAAUUCCACCCUGAC